AUGUAAUUACUUCUGUAAUUUUAUAAAGAUCAGUAAUUUUUUUUUAGAUAUAAUUUUUGCGAAAAAGUUGUUCCUAACUUUGAGUUUAUUAUCUUAAAUUUAAAUGUUUUAAUUAUUUUAAAAAUAAUUACUAGUAAAAAAUUUUACAGGUGAUAUGCUUCGAGCCGAAGUAGCAUCGGGAUCUGAUUUAGGAAAAACGUUAAAAAAAGUAAUGGACGAUGGAAAAUUAGUUAGCGAUGAUUUAGUUACAGAUUUAAUAAACAGAAACUUGGAUAAGUCCGAUUGUCAAAAUGGAUUUUUAUUGGAUGGGUUUCCAAGGACUGUUGUUCAAGCAGAAAAGUUGGAUGAACUGUUGGAGAAACGUAAUUCAAAAUUAGAUUCGGUUAUAGAAUUUAGUAUUGAUGAUUCGGUGCUUGUUCGUCGUAUCACUGGAAGAUUAAUUCAUGUUCCAAGUGGUAGAAGUUAUCAUGAAGAAUUUAAUCCACCAAAGAAACAUAUGGUCGAUGAUGUAAGUAACUUAUUUUAGAAUGUGAUAUUUUUA